AUGGCAGAUGCCAAUUAUUGGUUCAAAAAUAUUACUAUUCACAUCAACCAUUUGUAUUUAAUUCAAAAAGAACUUGCUAAUUAUAUUGUAACUCAGUCAAAUUAUAUUAGCCACUGUGCUAAUGUAGCUUUCUUAAUUUCUCUUGCUUUAUUGGUUAGUACAGUUAUUGUCUGUCCUCUGGUGCUGUUUCGAACUAUAAAAUUAACAAGAAAAUAUCAGCUAUAUGCUAUUAAUGUUGCUACUAAAACUCAUGUAUUAAUUCGUGAAAGGAGAAAGACGGAUACAUUACUCUGUCAAAUGUUGCCAAGAUCAGUUGUGAAACAGCUUAAAGAGGGAAAAUGUGUAACAGCUGAAGCAUUUGAUAGUGCGACAUUAUACUUUGGUGACAUUGUCGGAUUUGCUGAAAUUUGCAAAGAGAGUACAGCUAUGCAAAUUGUAGAUAUGCUAAAUGAAUUAUAUAUUCAGUUUGAUACUCGAAUUGAGAAUUACAACGUCUACAAAGUAGAAACCAUUGGUGAUGAUUACAUGGUUGCAUCUGGUUUACCAGUAAGAUUGCCAAGAAAUCAGCAUGCUAUCGAAAUUGCAAACAUGGCAUUGGAUUUAUUCGAUACAGUCCGGAAUUUAAAGAUACCACAUAAUUCGAGUCUUCCGUUGCAAUUACGUGCUGGGAUUCAUACAGGCCCAUGUGCUGCCGGAAUUGUUGGUAUUAAAAUGCCAAGAUAUUGUUUGUUUGGCGAUACUAUUAAUACUGCAUCAAGAAUGGAAUCAAGUAGCCUAGCAUCAAAAAUUCAUUGCAGUCAGGUUACUUUCCGAAAUCUUGCUAGAAGUGGCUCGUAUACAUUGCAAUAUAGAGGACAGACGAAUAUUAAGGGGCUUGGAAUUAUGAAAACGUAUUGGCUCCUUGGUAAAAUCUGCGAGUAA